AAUGCAAAGGGAUGUAAGAUGGCAGAGCUACAAAUGCUACUAGAGGAGGAAAUCCCCGCUGGCAAACGAGCGCUUGUGGAGAGCUACCAGAACCUUUCCCGUGUCGCUGAAUACUGCGAAAACAAUUAUGUUCAGGCUCAAGAUAAGAAAAAGGCCCUGGAGGAGACUAAAGCCUACACCACUCAGUCUCUGGCCAGCGUAGCCUAUCAGAUCAAUGCCUUAGCCAACAAUGUGCUGCAGCUACUGGACAUCCAGGCCUCGCAACUGCGCCGCAUGGAGUCUUCAAUUAACCACAUUUCUCAGACUGUGGACAUUCACAAGGAGAAGGUGGCUCGCCGAGAGAUUGGGAUCCUGACCACAAACAAAAACACGUCCCGCACCCACAAAAUCAUCGCCCCAGGCAACAUGGAGCGGCCUGUGCGUUACAUUCGAAAGCCCAUCGACUACACUCUGUUGGACGACGUGGGACAUGGGGUCAAAUGGCUUAAAGCCAAGCAACAUGGAAACAAUGCAGCAGGACGAGGAGGAGGUACACUGUCUCGGACCAAUCCCCCGACACAGAAACCUCCAAGCCCCCCCAUGGCGGGCCGUGGCACACUAGGACGUAAUACUCCAUAUAAGACACUGGAACCAGUGAAGCCUCCAGUGGUGCCUAACGACUACAUGACGAGCCCUGCCCGCCUCGGCAACCAGCACAGCCCUGCACGCACUGCCUCCCUCAACCAGAGACCCAGGACUCACAGUGGGAGUAGUGGUGGAAGUGGGGGCAGAGAAAACAGUGGCAGUAGUGGAGUGGGGAUGCCUCUGGCCGUUCCUACCCCAUCCCCUCCUAGUAUGGGCCAAGGUGAGCAGACAUACAACAAAGAGGAGACUGAUUUUUUUGCCACCUCUGCUGCCUCAGUGCCACAGGGCCCAGGUUUGGGUCCGAUCCCCAUGUCACAGUUUGGCACCAUUUCGCGGCAGAUUUCCCGCCACAACUCGUCAACCACAUCGUCCGCCUCAAUGGUGUCAGCUACUGGCACUUACCGCCGCGCGCCCUCUGUCUCCUCCCAACAGCCACACAUCAACGGAGGACCAGGCUACCAACAGAACUCAGUGUCUGUGGCUCCUCCACCUCCUCCCAUGGUGCAGCUGACCCCACAGAUCCCCCUCACCGGCUUUGUGGCCAGAAUGCAGGAGAGCAUCACAGACAGCCCUGCCCCACCUCCUCCUCCCCCUCCAGAGGACCUGUCUGUGUUUGAGGAGCCCUCCCCCCCUCCACCCCCUCCCCCGGUGGAUUACGAAGAAGACGAGGCUGCUGUGGUUCACUACAGCGACCCAUACGCAGAUGGAGAUCCGCACUGGGCACCUAAGAGCUAUCUAGAGAAAGUUGUGGCUAUCUACGACUACACCAAGGACAAAGAGGAUGAGCUUUCUUUCAUGGAAGGAGCCAUCAUCUACAUCAUCAAGAAAAACGACGACGGCUGGUUUGAAGGAGUCUGUAAUGGCGUCACUGGACUCUUCCCUGGAAACUAUGUUGAGUCUAUCAUGCACUACGCUGACUAAAAACACACAACCCAACGUACUGCCAUUUUGAACUCAAAUUUGGAAGAUAUGUACAGAGGUGAAUGCAGUGUAGCGAUAUGUACAGCUCAGUCUGAAUGAAGUGCCAUGGUGAAAUCUUAGCAGUUUACACGUUGGUUUAUUUUUGAAAGAUUGAUAAGGGACCAGUCCAAAAACUUGUCGCACAAGAAGGAGGGUUGACAAGCCAUGGAUAGUGGUGUAUGUUUACACUGUUUUGAUCAGAAAUAGGGAAAGUCUAAACAAAAUAACACUGAUCAAAUUUAGCCAAAAUCUGUAAUGUACAGAUUUCUUGUCUCCCAAUUCCAAAUUCAGAAGCUUCCUAUCCAUCAUUUGCACUGUGAAUGAGAAAGAGACCUACUACACAAAAUAUUUAAGUAUUGGGAUAUGAAUUGAUUGUGUGCCACUGUUGAUGUUCAGAUUGCAGAAAAGUGACAAGUGUGUAAAGAAUGCAUUGAAACUUAAAAAAAGAGAAAUUGUUCUUGUUCCUGGUGAUGUUUCUUUCCUUCUUGUAAAUAUUCUGUAACGUGCGAAGCUGCCAGUGCGUUGUCCGUCUGUGCUUCACCGUGAGUCUCCAUCAGUGGGAAGUGGUGGUGCCAGCAUCUGAAGGCCUGUGUUACAUUUGAUAUGUACUUGAAAAUUCAUUUGCCCUCAUCACUUUGUGCCAUUUCAAGUCAUGAAUGAACAUAAUUUUGCA